AUGUUGAUAAAUGGAAGUCCAACAUAUGAGUUUAAGAUGUGCCGUGGACUUAGACAAGGAGACCCAUUCUCUUCGUUUCUAUUCCUAAUUGUUGCUGAAGCAUUCAACUUGAUGAUGAAAAAGGCAAUAGAUUUGAGGAAAUUUCAAGAUUACAAAUUUGAUGAAGUAGAAAAUUCCGAUGAAUGUAUGGUCUUUGAUAAUGAAGCACUCUAUGACAUCUGCUUCAAAACCCUCAAACUCACCAUACCAAGCUGUAAGUGUACUGAAGAAGGAAUGGAUGAGAUGGAAUUUACUGAAGCAGAAAGCAAUAUGAAUGACCUUGUUGCUGAAUAUCAACAAUACCAAGAUGCCCCGGUCGAUGAAGAUGGUGAUGAUUACCAAGAAGAAGAGGAUGCUCAAAGCUAA